CAUAUCUUCAUGUAAGUCCACCAGCCUUGGUCCCAGUUCCAAGAAGCAAGAUGAUAGAUCACAUAAUAUUUUUAUAAGGUUGAAUUGGAAAAACAGAGAAAGAAGCUAAGACAAAACUUCAAGCUAAAAAUAAUGGAAUUGAUCUUUCAUGAAAAGCAAGAGGGUGGUCUUUGUGCUCAACAUUGUUUGAACUCCCUGCUGCAAGGCCAAUAUUACAAUGCAGUGGAUUUAGCUCAUUUUGCAAAAGAAUUAGAUGAAGCUGAAAGAGAAAGAAUGUCAGAAGGAGAUACUAAUUCUCCAGAAUAUCUUCAAUUCAUGCAGCAACCCUCAAGCAAUAUGGAUGAUUCUGGAUUUUUCUCUAUCCAGGUGAUAUGCAAAGCAUUACAAGUAUGGGGGUUAGAUUUAGUUUCAUUCACAAGCCAAGGUGCUCGAACUGCAAGGGAAUACCUAGAAUGCAAUCUAGAAAAGCAUUGGAUUACUAUACGCAAACUAGGGAAUCAGUGGUUCAAUUUAGACUCCAAUCAAAGUGGGCCAGCUCUCGUGACGGGGACGUAUCUAAGCCUUUUCUUAGCUCAGCUAGAAAAAGAGGGCUACUCUAUCUUCAUUGUCAGUGGUGAAUUACCAACAUGCGAAGCAGACCAAUUUCUUCGAUUUAACCCUAUUCCCGCGAAUAAUUCUCAGAACACAUGCUCAAAGAGCGGCUCAGAAGGAAACGAAGCUAACAAAAGCCGGCAGGCAUCAGAGCCUGCAAAAGUGGCUGAUGCUGAAGAAGUACGGAGGAAGCGAAUGCAAUAUUUUGAGAGGAAGCAAGCAGCACAGACCUCAAAAAGUGAACCAGAUCAAGUACCUCAAGCUCCAGCAAACGCAACCAGUUAGCCACGAUUAUACUUUCUCACUAUCAACAUGGUUUCUGUGACUGGCAGAGAUGCCCAAAAACAAUUCAUUUCAGAUAAAAGGCUCCACCCAACCUUAAAAACCCUUGAUUUUUAGUAACGAACAGAAUGCUUUACUGGACUAUUUCUUCAAAAAAGUGAGUCCAUUCUUUAAUCGAUGAAUAUGUUCAUUAUAAAAAAUGUAUAGAGUAAUGUAUUGUUUUUAGAGUGAUAUAACUAACUAGUGGUUUUACAAGUAAUUCAUGAGUCAUAGACUCACACGUUAAGCAUAGAAUAGCACAUAAUAGCCCUGAAUUAUCAGUUUAUUUUGUAUACACCAAUUCGACUUACGACCUCGUUUUGAAAAUUUCUCCAAACUUAAUUAUACGACUUUUUUAAGCUCAGAUUUGGUUUUAUCGCCAUCAUUUUAGGCGGGAUACCAUUUUUCAUAUUGUUUCAGCUUGUAUUUUAGAUUUUACGGAGAAAUGAAGUUUGAAAACUUGUAAGGGAUUUGACCGCAAAAAUCGUUCCGGGGAAACUUUACCCCCCUAGUCGCCAAUCACGGUCAAAUCCCUUAUAAAGUUUUUAUCUUUAUGUCGUCAUAAAAUCAGUAUCGUGAGCAAUAUGAUAAUGAAAACUUACAAUUAGACUAAAAUCAUUGCUCUCAAUCUGAAUCUGAGGUCAAAAAUUUUAUACAAAAACAUUUUGAAGAAUUUUUCAAAUUUUUCAAAUUGGUGUAUUGCAACUUUCAUUAUCUUCAAUGUAAUUUAAAACAUUUUGUUAAUCUUUUACGAUAAAUCUUUGCUCUCGUUUGAAAUAGCUAUUAUGAUAUAAGCAGUCACAGGUUAACUAUUUUUGUAUAAUCUAUUAAUUUUACAUUUACAUUUAUUUAAAGCAUCGUGCGGCAUUUUGUUUCCCUUGUUUAUUGAAAGUUUCAGUUCCAAUGUUGCUAUUGAUGUUUCUAUAGAUGUUUGUCGUCUUAUAUUGUUUGUUUUACAUUUUAACAUUUCUUGAAUAGUAACUAAAUUCAUUUGACUAUUGUACUAACACUUGAAAAUAUUACAUUAUUUCUGUCUAAUGUCCA